AUGAAUUUGGCUAACGAUGAACAAAUUUUAUUGAAUUUAUCUGAUAUUGACACCUGUAAUAUAACUUCUUAUUCUUCACCACAAAAGUUCGUCUCGAUAACAACAAGUACACCACAUGCAACAUACAAACCACGAGUGAAUUUUCAUUCUAUUGAAUCCUUAGCAUCAUCUUUUACUCCUAUUUUGUCUCCUUGUAUCCCUUGUCAAAAGCACGAUGAUACAGAUUAUAGUUCAUUCAAUUCUUCCAUUUCACCAUUACACGAAUAUCAUCAUUCGUUGAAAUGUGCUGAACGAAAGACACGACGAAAAUUAUCUGAUUGGCAAAUCUGGUAUUUAAAUCAAAUAUAUGUACAGAAUCGAUAUCCGACACAACAUGAACAAGAACAAAUUGCUGUUCAAGUACUUUUACCUUCAUCAUCAAUUCGUAUUUGGUUUCAAAAUCAUCGUGCACGUUAUGGAAAAAAAUGA